GAUUGUAGUGUGGCGGUCGCUCGAUAAGUACAUCCGCGCAUCUUUUUUUAGUGAGAAAUCAACAAAAAUUGAGUUAUCUUGGAAACAAUGUCAAAAGUUGGUCAUAAAGUGCAAAAAAACACUUGUAGGAUAUGCGGGAAAUAUGCAAGCUUCAAAAAAUCAUAUAAUAUAUUCCAAAAGGCCAAUCAGAAGCUGCUUGACAAUGUUCAAAUGCUCACAGGCCUGCGUCUGGAGAACUAUGAGUGUAUGCCGGAACUGAUGUGCGAAUGCUGCCACAUUGAGUUGACAAGUGCAAUCAGACUUCGCGAGAGAUGCAUCAACGCUCAGCGCGAACUCUUGGCUGCGCUGACAGGCAAACAAUUAGAGGAAGUCUCCUCGGGUUAUAAAGACCUUCUUAUGGGCAUUGAAGCGCCACUGGAAACAGUAGAAACAGACAAUCAAGAGUACGUUACAGAUGCUGAAACUGGAGCAGAAGCCGAACCCACAACUGAAGUUGAUAUAUAUCAGACGGAGGAUGAGUUUGUCCAGAGCUUGGAGCCGCAAAGUAGUGGAAGCGUUGUAAAAUUGAAAUAUACUGAUGCCAAUGAACUAGAGGAGUAUAUUGAGGAGGAGGAGGAAGAUGAAGAAGAGGCUUCACUGGUUGAGGAAACCGAGUUUGAAUGCCUUAUGGCAGAUGCUGAUGGAAAUAUUGUGCAAGUAGAAGACGUAUCCAAUCAAUUGGUAAUCACCGAUCCCAAUGAAGUAUACAUGUAUGAUUCUGAUGACGAAGUUGCCGUACUGGAUAAUGUGCUGGACGAUGAAUAUGAGAGUGAAAAUGUUGUAAAGAAAUCUAGCUUGCAACCAAAACCGAAAAAUAAAACAAAUAAUACCCAACGAAGAGGUACUGGCGGAACAUUCAUUUGUGAUCAAUGUGGGAAUCAUAUAAAGGGCCGAAUGGCCUUCGAAUUACACUGCCGACGCCACCGUGGGGAAAAAGAUUUCCAGUGCGAAAUCUGUGACAAAUGCUUCUGCACCACAUCGGAGCUCAAACGUCAUAUGCGUAAGCACACCGGUGAACGUCCUUUUGCCUGCCAGUACUGUGGCCGUUGUUUCUCCGACUACACUACACGCGUUAAGCACGAGCGUACCCACACAAAUGAGAGGCCCUAUGCGUGCGGCACCUGCGGAAAAGCGUUUACCACAGGCUACAUUCUUAAAAACCACAUGCUUACUCAUUCUGGGUUGCGGUCCUAUCGCUGCGAGCUCUGCGACAAGUCCUUUAUGCUCCCAACGCAUCUUAGCACUCAUAUGCGUACUGGGAUACAUAAGCGCACCGCCGAAAAGUAUCAGAUGAAACAGCAAAUGCAGAAUGAACAAGAUGUUCAGUUCAAAAUAGAAAUGGAAGAGGAUAGUUUGCACAUUCAGGAUUAAAUAAAACUUAUUUUUAUAUUUA